ACUUGAUAUCUGACGUUUACAACAAAGGCGAUUGUAUGAAAUAUAGAAUCUAUAGAAUCAUCAUCUUUGGUUAAAAUACACGUUGAGAGCUCGCAUUUUUAUUAUAACAAUACUAUAUUUACUAUAAUGCAGCAGGAUUAGUCUCUAGCCACCUCCCUUCAUUUUGAUUAAGUGGUUUAUCAAAUUACAAGCUGGCUGUAAUACGAAAAUUAUCGAUAUUAAUCCCAAUGAAAAACGCAAAAUUGCACCUGCCUUCGACAAGCACUGUCUGGUAUACAGGAGUCUAUCUGCACUGAACCGAUGAACGAAUUACGUCACAAUCGGACCCACAAUGUUUAGUCAUUGAAACAACAUACUGUCAUGAUGUCACUGUCGUUCAAACUUGAAAAUAAAAGUGAUUUCGUGACCAAGACGGACAAAAUGCUACAUCUGACAGCUGCCAAAUUACGACUUAAUAGUAUUGGUUACAACAAUACUAAAGAAAUAAUUAAUGCUUGGGCUGGUUGUUACUCACUUCGUCGGUAUGAAAUUAUUUCUGGUAAUUUUAAACUAGACGAUUACUCUGUACUUCGUAAUUUUAACGGUGUAAACGAACUGAUUUUUCGUGAUUUUCGUACUAUAAACAAAAACUUCAACGAUCUUCAGUCAAAACUGCCCACAUUUUUGAAAAAAUUUAAAUCUGUGUUCAAUGAUUAUCGAUCGCUUGUGGAAGAAGACAAAUUACUGACAGACGAAAUAAUCGUGACGUUUCGUGAAACAGUGGAUAUUAACGAUCGAUCAGUAUUUCUUGCUUUCUACGCGUUACCUUUAAUUCUGCGUCAAAAUUUCGUUUACAAGGGCGCGAAACGUACAAAACUGCCGCUGUUGAUGUGUCGGCAGUCUUAUAUUACAAUUUUGGCGACUGAAGCAACGCUCUCAGAAAAACUGGCUGAAAGGAGAAAAUUUGCGAUUGAGUAUAAAACCACAAUCCAACCGUUCAUUUUCGCCGUAGGUGCGAUUAAUACAUCAAUUGAAUCGUUUUUUGUGGCCUAUGAUGAUAUACUUUUCAAAUGUCAAUCAGCAGUAGAAGCAAUCGAUCUUCAUUUUAAAAUUCAUGAGGCUUUUCAUCUGGAGUACGCAGCGGAAUGUGAAAUGGUGCUCAAAUUCAUUCAAAUUUAUUUUUAUGGUAUACACUAUGAUGGGCAGAGAGAUAGUUCAUCCGUUGCAGCUUUGAUAACCGAUUUAGAUCGAUUGUAAAUGUAAUCGGUGACGUCACAAAUGAACUGAGUGUUCAUUUUUGACAGUUUGCUUGUACUGUUUACGUGAACUUAGAAAAAUUCUUUACGACUUGCUUCGAGCGAAUCUAGUCGUCCACAAAUUUUUCUAAGUCCAUGUAAACAGUACAAGCGAACUGUCAAGGUUAACUGUGUCAAUAAAGAACCUAAUACAGCACUGGAAUG